AUUUAUUUAUUUUCUAGGAUACAGAAAGACCGGAGCCCCGGUAGGAUAAUAGAGCAUCCCUGUUGCGAUGUGAUUGUAUCGAAGGGUUCGCCAGCUACGCUGAAUUGUGCCGCUAAGCCACCGGGAGCACAAAUUACUUGGUACAAAGAUGGUCAACCAGUAACUACUAAUAAGGACCAAGUAAAUAGUCAUCGAAUUAUACUCGACACAGGAGCGUUGUUUCUCCUUAAAGUGAGCAGUGGAAAAAACGGGAAAGAUGGUGAUUCGGGCUCGUAUCACUGUGUGGCACGGAACGAGCACGGUGAGGCACAAUCACGAGAAGGAACUCUCAAAAUUGCCAUGUUACGAGAUGACUUCCGCACUCGACCUCGGACAGUACAGGCGUUAUCGGGUGAUAAAGCUGUGCUGGAAUGUUCACCACCACGUGGUUUUCCGGAGCCGGUAGUCACUUGGCGAAAAGAUGACCGAGAAUUGAAAUUGUCCGAAAUACCACGCAUGACGUUACAUCCGGAUGGAAAUCUUAUCAUUGAACCUCACCUUGAAAUCAACUAUGAGUUGAGAUUUCUUCUCGAAGAAGAUAUCAUCGGGAAAUAA